GCUGCUGAAAGCACAGAGAUCUCCAUGUCAUCUUCUGAAGAUGAUGGAAGAAGAGAUCAGAGGAAGAGAUGAGAGACUGAUAGAAGAUCUGCCACAUCUUACUUCAAACACUGAAGGACCUUAGCUUCAUAGCUCCAGUCCGCUCUGCCCUUUUUUAUAGACGGCUUCAUAGUUGCAUCUCCAGUCGGGUUUGUUGUCCAGGACAGCAGAAUGGAGUGGACAGUCCACGGCUUUACCUUCAACCCAAAGGAAGGUAUUGAUAAUCCUGCUCUGAUCAUCACUGAUGAUUUCGAACCUGAUGUGUGCAUGGCGCCCCACCUAUGUCAGCUAAAGCGUGUGGAGGGUCAGAGCUUUGGCUUUCAGCUACACAUGGAACAGAACAAGCAUGGCAUCGUAAUCGGAGAUGUAGAACCCUGGAGUCCUGCCCAGCGUAGUGGUCUCAGGGGGGGAGAGCGACUGCUGGAGGUCAAUGAGACAUAUGUCGGCAAUAUGGACUUUUUAAAGGUGGUGAGAAAGAUCCAGUCCUGCGGCUUACACUUGUUUCUUCUGGUGCUAAGGAAAGAAGAGUAUGAGCAGGCAGUGCUCAUGGAUGUAGACCUCCAACAGCUCGCCAGAGCCUCCAAAGGAGACGGGUGGACUCGCCCCAGACUGUGUCACAUCGUCAAACAUCCAGAACAUGGCCUGGGGAUGACUAUCAUACCAAUAACAGGUCAGAGGGGUCGAUACAUGCUGAGCACUGUAACUGAUGGUCCAGCCGAGAAAGCGGGAGUUCGCUUUGGAGACAUACUGAUUUGGAUCAACGGUGUGUCUGUGUCAACACUGACAAACACCACUCUGAACAAAACUGUGAGGAAGAGUGGGAACUCGGUGACAGUGCUAGUUAUCGACGGUACCAGUGAGUCCUCUUAUCUCAGGAGAAAGAUGCCCAUCCUUCCUGUGCUCGCAGAAAGCUUCAACCUUCCCUACUCUGCUAAGAAUAUGCAUUUGCUGAAAAGACCUAAUGGAUAUGGUUUCUUGCUAAGACAAGAGAGGGUGGAAGCACCAAAAAAGACCGCUCAUGUGUUGAGGGAGGUGGAUGCAGGGAGUGCAGCAGAGGAUGCAGGUAUGGAGGAUGGUGAACUGUUACUUGCUGUUAACGGAGAACCUGUGGAGACCCUGGAACAUGAGGACAUCGUCAAACUGAUCAGAGACAGUGGAGACAAAGUCACCCUCACCUCUAUGUCUAUGCAAGGGAGAACAUUUUACCAACAGUUGGGAGUGUCUCCACUCUUCUUCCAUGAAGAGCACAGACGCAAGCAGAGACACAAGCCAGACUCUCUGAGGAAAACCCAAACAAACUAUCAAGAUGGACAGGACACAGGCUCUGAUUUCCACUCAGCGCCCUUGGGUCACUCCAGAACCACCGUUAGACAGCUGUCAGCGAGAAUGGAGGACAUUUUUCUGUGAUGAAUAAGAUGAGACCAAAGGCGUCGGAGAAGGAACCUGAGCAGGACGCCACAGGAAACGAAAUCUUUGUAAUCUGGCUGUUGAGAAAAGACGACUCCUGCACCCUGGAGAGUAGUGCUCAUUGACGGCGAAAUUUUAGACAUGCCAGUCGUGUCUUGCUAAAAGAACAAUAAUCAAUCUUUGGAUCAGUUCUCUGUAUUUAAGUGAAACAAUAACUGCUGAUCUGAAGACUAUUGCUAAUCGUUGAUAUUACAAACAUCUGAACAAAGACUGUCAUGUUUGGCUGGAAGAAAGAAUUAUGAACAUCUGGAAGAGAUGCUGGAUAACUGAGGGGUCUCACCCUCAUCUGGGCUGAACUACAGUUUACAAAAUGCUAGAAUAGACUCUGGAUGAGUGAAAUGAUCCGUCUGGUGAGUCAAUCAGGGAACAAAGGCUGCUUUGUACAAAGUGAGGACUGAUUUUAUUUCUAUAACAGAAUGGGUGACAUGAGGAGCUGACAUUAUUAAAAAGUCAUGUUUUUACCAGUAU